AUGGUCGUGCUCACCGGCCCCCCAGCCCUGCCCUCCAAGGUCAUCCGGCUGUUUGUGUUUGUGCUUGUCGUCGUCUUCUUCCUCUACACCCAGCGUUUGUCGAGGUCUCAGACGAGGAACAUUGUGAUCGAUUAUGCGGACCUGGCCGCAGCGGCUCCCCCGGCGGAGGAGCAGUACUUGAAUCGCCUCAAGAACAAGUAUCGUCUCACGAAUUCCACCGCAUGGUCAGCGUGGAAGAUCCGGGCCCUCGAGCAGGACUCGGAGUGGACGUCCGUGACGAAUCUCGACGCCGACUUUCAUUCUAACGAAUUCAACUAUAUCGAUGUGGAAAACCCCAGCCGUAUCCAGUUGGUCGCUCAGAAGCAGCUGGACGUCCCAGUCCCCGGGAGCCCGCUCCCUGCGCAGGUAGACGCUUCCGACUUUUUGUUCGCCAUCUCCACCACCUACGAAAAGGUCAUGGAAGACGAGUUCACCAUGGUCAAGAACUGGGCGCGGUGGAUGACGGGAGGAAGCCAUGACGGAAACGGUGCGACAUUUGUGCUCGUCCUGAACCAGUCUCCAGACCACCAGGUCAAGGAGCUCAGCGAGAUUCUCAAGUUCCAGGGAAUCGACGCCUACGUCACCACCUCGACGGAGCCCAUGUCCGUGGCCCAGAGAUACGUUGGCAUGAUGCAAAUCAUCAAGGACUUUAGCGGUACCCUGGCGCAGAAAGGCCAGCGCAAGAAGUGGUACGGCAUCUUCGACGACAAGGUCUUCUUGCCCAACCUGUCGUACCUCCAGCACCGCCUGUUCAACUACAACUCCGACAAGGAGCUCUACGUGGGCUUGCCUAGCGAGAGGGCCGAUUGGGCCAUCGGAGACGGUUUCGUAACCACGUACGGCGGAGGCGCUGUGUUCCUCACGCGCUCUGCUCUGUCGCGAGCCACCGGGCUUUCGUGCCUCGACAGCUCAGGCGCCGAUUCGGAGAGCAAGGGAUGGGACACCCUCUUACAAGAUUGCCUUACGCACCACACCGACAUGGAGAUGCGUGUGCUCCCGAGCUUCUACUCGCCCAACGAUAACGACGAAUACGCCGCGCGAACCGACAGCUACGAGACGGGCGUCCCGCCGCUGGCGCUGCACCACUACGAGGAUCGUCACCAGCUCAACCCGAGCAUGGCGCACCUCGUCACCGACGUAUGCGGCGAGGCGUGCUUCCUGCAGCGUUACCGCUUCCGCGACAACUGGAUCCUGGUCAACGGGUACACCAUCACGGAGUACCCGGACGGCAUGAACAUGGCCGACAUGCCCAACACCGGCGUCGGCCGCAAGGCCGUCAUCGGCCCCCUGCACCUCGACGAGGACGACAUCAAGCGCAAGAUGCUCUUCUGGACGGGACGCCGCAACGUGUGGCGGCUGAUGGACUCGGUGCGAGGCACUGACGGCGCCGUGUGGCAGGCCUACGUGAAGCGCGCCGCUGUGGGAGAUACCGCGACUUUCAAGCGGUCCGAGAAUGAGUUUAUGGAUAGCGUGAUUGUUCUGAUUUGGGAAACGACUGUUUCCGGUUCAUGA